CUCCCAAAGCCAAACUUCAAGAUCAAGUUUUCAAAGCUACCAUCUUCCCCUCUCUCUCUCUCUCUCUCUCUCUAGACUGUACUUUUCCCCCUAUGGAAGUUUGAAACGAAAUUCAAUCAAACUUUAUGCUCUGAUUUGCAUGCCAAUCAUUUCCAAAAUCCAAAAUCUUCCCAAAAAUGCACUAAAGGCAAUAUGGGCUGCCAUGGCUGUUCAUCAUUCUUCAAUUCUCCCCCAUUUUUCUCCUUUUUGCCCGCUCUCUUCCCACACUUUUUGACCGCUAUAAAAGCAUUAGCCACUAUACUAUCACCGGUGCCAAAUUUCCCAGAAAAAAGGACAUAACUCCCUGUUCUUCUACCCCUUUGCAUUUAGAUCUGCAAAACUUCAACCCCUUUCAAAAAAAUUGGUUCUUGAUCCCUGUUGAAGAUAUAGCAGUUAAGUUUUUGGUGGCUAAAGUAUGAAUGGAGAUGGAAGAAAUGGAGAAAAUUUUAGGGUGAUCAUCACUGAGCAGUGAUCAGUAAGAGAAGGUUCAAACUUUUAGGAUUUAAGUGGGGAGAUCAGAAGAUACAAUGGACACAAAAAGAUCAGAAAAUGGUUCCUUGUCCAGUGAGAUUCUGCAGAGAAUGGGGUCUGACAAUGGGAAAGAACUCUCGUCUUCGGCCCGAAAGUUGGCUGCUUCAUUGUGGGAGAUCAAAGGGAUUGCUGCACUGGGGAAAGAAGAGAAUUUGCAGGAAAGAAAUGGUGGAGAAAUGGGCAGGAAAGAGAGGAGCUUGAAAUCCUCCAAACAUGGCUCCUCAAAGGCUUCUCGACUCUCUGAUCCUCUUUACAGUCCUGUUUCUGAGAGAAUGGAAAGAUCUAAAGUGGAGAUAGGUCACAGAAGAAUAGCUUCCUAUGGUACUCAAAAAGUUAUGCAGAAUGAUUAUUUCUUGCAGGAUGAUAAUAAUAUGCAGACUGGUGGGAGUUCUCAGACCAAACAUCUGUUGAAGGAUGUUUCACACAGUCUAACAACCUCGAAACAACUGCUGAAAGUUCUGAGCCGAGUGUGGAGCAUAGAGGAGCAGAAAUCCACCUGCAUUUCCCUCUUUUCGACUCUGAAAUCCGAGCUCGAUCGAGCCUGUAUUCAAGUGACCAAACUGAUCCAAGAAAGGAGGCACAACCACAGCGAGGUCGACGCAUUGCUGAAAUGGUUCGAGGAGCAGAAGGCGGUUUGGAGGAUGAAGGAGCAGUGCAAGAUUCAGAGCGCUCUCACAUCAGUAGUGGGAGAGCUGAAGACCGAAAAGAGGCUGAGGAAACAGGCCGAGAGGCUAAACAAGAAGCUCGGGAGAGAACUGUCUGACACGAAAGCCUCGUUAAACAUGGCUGUGAAGGAGAUUGAGAGCCAGAAGAGGGCAAUGGAGGUGCUGGAGAGAGUGUGCGAGGAGCUAGCAAAAGGCGAGGCGAAAUUGGAGGAACUGAAGAGGGAAUCUUCUAAGGCUCGCGAGGAGGUCGAGAAGGAGAGGGAGAUGCUGCAAUUUGCUGAUAUAUUGAGAGAGGAAAGAGUGCAAAUGAAACUCUCAGAAGCUAAAUAUGAAUAUGAGGAGAAAACUGCAGUUCUUGACAGGCUAAAAAGUGAAUUAGAAGCCUGUUUAUCCUCAAAAAGUGUGUCCCAAUCCCCCAACAAUGACAACAAAAUCAAAGCCCUCCAAAAACAUUUCAGGGAAACACUCCCUGCAGGCUCGUGUCGUUUUCCAGACAACAAAGACGAGAGGGAAGACAGCGAAAAUUCAGCAGACGAAGACGAAGAUGAAGACAGCGAACUGCACUGCAUAGAACUAAACAUGGAUGAAACCAGCAAGAGCUAUGAGUGGAGGAAUAAUAAUAACUCCUCAAACCCUAGCACUUCUCAGGAAAGACAAAGCUCUGAUCCCCCCAUAGAAUGGGAGUUCAUCAGCAAUGGUGGACUGUUUGAGACUAGUGGCUCAGAAGCCUGGAGAAAUGACUUUGAAGAUGAGAUUGAGAGAUAUCACAUGAUUAAGGAUCUCAGAGACCAUUUUGUUUCUGCUUCCAAGAUACCACCACCCUCCCAAGAUUUUGUCAGUCCAACCUAAAACAACAUGAAUCAAUCACUACAUACACUUUCCAGUUUCCCCAUCCACUGCUCAUGAGUUUACCAGUUUUGUGCUUUAAUUUUAUCACUUCAAUUUAGUAUUACUAUUCAAAGUUCCAUUCUUUUUUGGGAUAUAUAAAUUGUAUAAAAAUUGCAACUUUUGCUACUUGCACUUAAAGUUUUAUAUAUAGACAUAUUGCGCUACU